CGGCCCGAGUCUCCUCGAGCCAGCCCGGCGCGCCCCUCGCUGGGGAGGGGACAGCGGCUGCGGCGCUGUGAACCCCCACUGCCCCGCAGCCUCCCUUUGCUCGCGACCAUGGCGCACAGUGGCCGCUUGGGACUCGCCCUGGGGCUGCUGCUGACGCUGGUGCUGGCGCUGCGGGCCAAGCCCACGGUGCGCAAGGAGCGCGUGGUUCGGCCGGACUCAGAGCUGGGCGAGCGGCCGCCCGAGGACAACCAGAGCUUCCAGUACGAUCAUGAGGCCUUCCUGGGCAAGGAGGACUCCAAGACCUUCGAUCAGCUAAGCCCGGAGGAGAGCAAGGAGAGGCUGGGGAAAAUUGUGGAUCGAAUUGACAGUGAUGGUGAUGGCCUUGUUACUACUGAGGAGCUGAAAGUUUGGAUCAAACGGGUACAGAAAAGAUACAUCUAUGAUAAUGUCGCUAAAGUCUGGAAGGAUUAUGAUAGGGACAAAGACGAAAAGAUCUCCUGGGAAGAAUACAAGCAGGCCACCUAUGGCUACUACCUGGGAAACCCCGCUGAAUUCCAUGAUAGCUCUGAUCAUCACACCUUUAAAAAGAUGCUGCCACGAGAUGAGAGGAGGUUUAAGGCUUCAGACCUUGACGGCGACCUGACAGCUACGCGAGAGGAGUUCACUGCCUUUCUGCACCCAGAGGAGUUUGAACAUAUGAAGGAAAUUGUAGUUCUGGAAACCCUGGAGGACAUCGACAAGAACGGGGAUGGUUUUGUGGACCAGGAUGAGUACAUCGCGGACAUGUUUUCCCACGAGGACAAUGGCCCUGAGCCAGACUGGGUUUUGUCCGAACGGGAGCAGUUCAGCGACUUCCGAGAUCUGAACAAGGAUGGGAAGCUGGACAAGGAUGAGAUUCGCCACUGGAUCCUCCCUCAGGACUACGACCAUGCGCAGGCCGAGGCCCGGCAUCUGGUGUACGAGUCAGACAAAAACAAGGAUGAGAUGCUGACCAAGGAGGAGAUUCUGGACAACUGGAACAUGUUUGUGGGAAGCCAAGCUACCAACUACGGGGAAGAUCUGACCAAAAAUCAUGAUGAACUUUGAAAGACACUGGUUCUGGUGUGGCCAACUGUCGAAGGCUGCCUGCAGGUGUAGUGGGUGAUUGCUAUAGUUGUCAAGGGUAUAGCAGUUGUGUCCCUAAACAGUGGGAUUAUACCUCAGAUUGGGGUUAAAAAUUAUUUUUCACUCCAUAUUUACUGGGAAAUAACCAUCAUUAUUUAUUCCAGUAGGAUUUCCCCUGAAGUACAUUAAACUCUUGGCAAAUUGCAGUCCUCUGAGGGGAUACAUUGCUACAGCAUGAUUUUUCUAGACUCCUCUCCCCCACUUAACUCAUUAAUGGGGAAGAAACCAUGAAAGGGCUCUGUAACUCAAGGUGGGUGGGUGGGACACUGUACAGAGUAACCGCUGUGUAUUCCAACUAUUAAAUUUUGGGGGUUUUAGUUGCCACUGUUAAACGGUGGUGAAGGUAAAGGCUGAAGGAAUCAAUUUGUAUUGUCCUAGGUCACCUAACCUUGGAGCAGGCAUGGUAUUUCAAAUCUUCUAUACUUGGAGCUGUCUUGUAAGUGGUAUAUAAACUUUUGUGCGUUUUUCUGUAUAGACCUGCUAAUGUGUACAAUAAACCCCACAUCCUGGGGUUUUUGUUUUGUUUUUAAUACUAAGAAGCAAUCAAAAAAAGAUAAUGUGAACAAAAAAGGAAUUUUAGGGAUAGGAAAAAGAUGGAUGCCAGGUAUUUGAAAAACUGUAUACCAUGGUCAACACCUUAAUAUACUUGAGAAUUUCUUUUUACAUGUUAAUGAGGUGGGUCUGUUUUUUUAAAUAGUGAAUGGAAAUGCAGUCCCUCCCUGGCUGUGAGGCUAGGGAUCCAGAUGUAGUGGAUUAUUUGUUGAGUCCUGAACCUCUGAGCCUGCUUCUAGCACAGCUUAUGCCAAGGAAACAGGGCAAGGUGAACAUCUCAGCCAUUGACCAAACUAGCUGGAGUAACACAGGUGAAAUUCCACCCUGUAGACGGGAGGAAAGUGAAUAAAGGAUGCCUUUGAGGACCUAUCCAUGUGUCUUGUGGUGUUUAACUCCACAGCAAGUGUGGUUUCUUUCUUCUUCUGGAAUUAAACAAUCAAAAGAGUCCGUGGUCCAGAUCAGAAUGGACUCAGUAAUUACUGACAAGUUCAGAAUACAUCUGUAGUUGCUGAUUUCAUCCAUCUGGACUUCACGCCCUUCUCUGCAGUUAGAGAAUUCAAAGUCGUGUUUUCACAGUAGUCCUGAGACAUUUAACUGGAAAAUCCGGGUCUUAGCAUUGCCUGUGGAGCCUGCCUGACAGGAUGUGGCUCUGCUUCCCUUCUGAGAACUGCCUACCUCUUUACUCACUCUUCUUUUGUCUCCACCUCUUCCCACCCCUUUACCUCGUCCUCCACCCUCACUGACUUUGUUGCUAAGAUGAACUCCUUGGGUGAGAUAGAAACAAUGUCCUAAUGAGAAACCAAAGUACAGUGACACGGAGACCACGCUGGGGAAGUACAGAGCUUCCUGGGCUUGUGUACAGAGCAUGGGUGAUGGACAAGAACAUGGUGGAUACCAAAGCCACCAUUCGGCAAAGUCUUUACCCAGCCUGGACUGACUGUGCGGCUUCCUCGAAUCCAGAGACCAAGCCCCAAGGCCACACUGUACUGCCUGGUUUUGUAUGUCAUCUUGCCACAAGCUGGAGUUAUCAGAGAGGAAGGAGUCUUAGUUCAGGAAAUGCCUCCAUGAGAUCCAGCUGGAAGGCAUUUUCUCAAUUAGUGAACAAUGGGGGAAAGUCCAGCCCACUGUGGGUGUGCCACCCCUGGGUUGGUGGUCCUGGGUUCUAUAAGUACCCAGGCUGAGCAAGGCACUGGGAGCAAGCUAGUAAACAGCAUCCACCGUGGUUUCUGCUUCAGCCCCUGCAUCUAGAAUCCUGCUGUGUUUGAGAUCUUGUCCUGACUUCCUUCAGUAAUGAACAGCAGUACGGAAAUGUAAGCCAAAUAAACCCUUUCUGCCCAACUU